GCCCUUGGACAGGCAAAAACUUCGUAAAACUUCAAAGUGCUGGGCUCCAAGUGUAACCCCAAUCUCCCUCAACAACAAGCCCUCCCGGCCGUCUUCUGCCACCUUUACUCAACCAAGAGCGACAAUGGCAGCGCCCUAAAAAGGAGGGGCAGCAGCAGGCCUCUCCUUGACUCGUUGGUCUACCCGGUUGGAGGCUGUCGAGUGCUGACGCCAUGGGGAGAGGGAGGGAAAGAGGGUUCACUCCUUGUUUGUGUUUGAUGGGAAUUGUAGUAGUCGCCAUUGCUGCUGCUGCUGCUGAUGGCCCAACCUCGGACCAUCUGCUCAGCCUUCUUUCCAGGUCGCCGUCUUGUCUCUGAAGUUGUGUGAGCCAGCCUCGAGGUUUUGGUAUCUUGGUCCGAUCUCUGUCUUCAACAUGAUCAAGCAGAUACUGGGUAGGUUGCCGCGGAAGCCGUCGAAAUCGGCGGACGGCAACGAUUCUGGGGAGAAUGUGGGUUCUUCUCCGGGAUCGGCUGCUGCUAGUCUCGUUGGGGGCAUCAAUAAUCUUAUUAAUUCCACGUCGUCUUCGAUUUCGAAUCAUUUGAAGGCAAAUUCGGGUUCCGGAAGGUCCUCUUUUUCGAGCUCAACCAGGAGUAAUGGCUCGACGGGUACUGCCAAAUCUGGGCAGGGGAAGAAGAACGGCAACGGAAUUCAGGCGGGUGCUGGAAAUGCCAAUGGUGGUAUCCCGGUUUCGUCUUUGUCGUCCUCCUACGAAGCUCUGCCGGGUUUCAGGGAUGUGCCAAGCUCUGAGAAGCAGAAUCUGUUGGUAAGAAAGCUGAAUAUGUGUUGCGUGAUUUUCGAUUUCACCGAUCCCUCGAAGAAUCUGAAGGAGAAGGACAUCAAACGGCAGACAUUGCUCGAGCUCGUCGAUUACAUAAGCUCCGUUAAUGGCAGAUUCAGUGAGACUGCAAUGCAGGAGAUCACUAAGAUGGUAGCCUGCAACUUGUUUAGGACGUUCCUUUCGUCGAAUCGCGAGAACAAGCUGCCGGAAGCGGUUGAUCCGGAAGAGGAGGAGCCUUUGAUGGAUCCGGCAUGGCAGCAUUUACAGAUCGUCUACGAAUUCUUGCUUAGAUUUAUUGCCUCGAGCGAGACGGAUGCUAAGUUGGCCAAGAGGUACAUUGAUCACUCCUUUGUUUUGAGGCUGCUUGAUCUCUUCGAUUCCGAAGACCCAAGGGAAAGGGACUACUUGAAGACCAUUCUUCAUCGAAUCUACGGGAAGUUCAUGGUGCAUCGACCAUUCAUUCGGAAAGCAAUCAACUACAUCUUUUAUCGUUUUAUUUUCGAAACCGAGAAGCAUAAUGGGAUCGCCGAACUGUUGGAAAUCUUGGGGAGCAUAAUCAAUGGCUUUGCCUUGCCAUUGAAAGAGGAGCAUAAGCUUUUCCUUGUUCGUGCUUUGAUUCCAUUACAUAAGCCCAAAUGUGUUUCCAUGUAUCAUCAGCAGCUGUCAUACUGCGUUACCCAGUUCGUGGAGAAGGACUUCAAGUUGGCCGACACAGUCAUUGGAGGCCUAUUGAAGUACUGGCCAGUUACAAAUAGUUCGAAGGAGGUCAUGUUUCUUGGGGAGCUGGAGGAAGUGCUGGAAGAGACUCAGGCGGCUGAAUUCCAGCGUUGCAUGGUACCAUUGUUCCGUCGGAUUGCUCGUUGUUUGAAUAGCUCUCAUUUUCAGGUGGCUGAACGGGCCUUGUUUUUGUGGAACAAUGAUCACAUCCUUAAUUUGAUAACUCAAAACCGGAAGGUCAUAUUACCAAUCAUUUUUCCAGCUAUGGAGAGGACCACAAGGUCCCACUGGAAUCAAGCUGUUCAGAGCCUUACUCUGAAUGUCAGGAAGAUAUUUUCAGAUGUUGACCAUGAAUUGUUCGAAGAGUGUCUUAUCAAGUUUCAAGAAGAUGAAUCAAAAGAGAAAGAAAUUCAACAAAAACGGUUGUCCACGUGGGAGCGCUUGGAAGAAGUUGCUGCAUCCAAAGCCAUCAGCAAUGAAGCUGUUCUAGUCCCAAGGUUUUCAAUGAACAUAUCAGGUACCAGUCCAAGGGCUGCAACUGGGUGUUGAGAAUUUCAACAAUAGAGAAUUGCCAUCAAGUUGAAGCGGCUGCGACUGAUGCCUCAUCAUGUGAUUCCUAAGUUAUUACCACUUGCUAGGAAGAGCUGAUGGGGCUGUAUAAUUUGGUUGUGCUCUGUUCCUAUCCUCUUUCCAUCUCAUAGUUCUGGAAGCUUGUGUACCAUAACAAGUUUUAUAGAAACAGUUCUCCAGUGGAUGGUUGCUCCAAUGAGUUCUUGUAUGAUGCUGAUAGUGGUAGGAAUUAAUUCAGCCUAUGCUUUUUUUGCUUUUGUACCCAUUGGGCUUUUAACUUUUCAUGCUAGUAAUUUAUAAUAGCAUCAGUUUUCUUGCUUUUUGUUAUUUGCAGUCAUUUAUAGGGCCAACGGCAUGUAGAAAUGCCAUCAAUGUAAAAUACAAUGGAUUGUAUGUUCGAUCAUGCUUCAAAGUUUUGGUGAUCUGGAGUGCUAAUGUAGUUGUUAUUUUGCUUGUCA